AUGGAAAUUCCUUUCAGAGCGCUGGGAUUGGACGCAUGCAGCACACUGGCUCGCUCGCUCGCACCCAAUGCGUGUUCCUUCCUUCCCAUCACUCACAUGCUUCCCAUGGGUCGGUCUCCCCUCCCGCGCCUACUACACGCCAUCGCCGCGUCGGCCUUUCUGCUCGUUACCCCCUUCAUCGCUCCCCUCCUGUUUAUCCCGCUUCGCAUUCUCCUCGCUCUCUCCUUCCUGUUCGGCUCCAGGCGUUCAGCUUCGCGAAGAAGAUUCCGGAGCGUUACCAUAGCCGGUGUCAGCGUUACCAGCGUCACCAGCGUCAACAUAACCGAUAUUCAGGGUGCAGUUGCUCUGUUCACCAUGGCUUUCAGCUGGCUAACUCUGCUUCUCAUCGUCGUGCUCUUCAUCGUGCUGUCUCCCGGACUGCUGCUUCAGAUUCCAGGCGACAAUCAGCCAAUAGAGUUCCGCAAUUGGCGCACGUCUCUGGCGUCAGUGCUGGUGCAUGCAGUGGUGUUCUUUAUCUUGCUGCUUCUGAUUGAUGAGUAUUACUUCUCCAGUGCUGCUGGCGGCGGUGGUGGUGGGAAGCAUGAUUAG